CCGAUAAAUAUCUUUUGGAGAAUUAUACGAAAUGAUAACUUAGUGUAUAUAUAAGACGAAGAAAUAUGAUAACGGAAAAUAGAGAUUUCAUGUGGCGAGAAAUGAAUCAAAAUUGAAUAUUUUGUGAGCGACAAUUCCCUUGCUGUUCAACCUUGUGCUACGUGUUUCUCUUUCAUCCUCUUCUCUCUCUAUCACCACUCGAUUAAUUCAAUGGCUUCACUAAUGCUCAGUGGAACUGGAAAGCUUACACUUUUGAAUAGCAAAACUCCAAAUGGAAAUGAGUUUAGUUUCAUUGGUUCAGAUUUUCACCGAAACAGUUUAAGCUUCCCCAAAACGAGUUUCAAAGCUAAUUCUAGGGUUUCCAGUUUCAGAACGAUUGUUGCACCCAAGUGUAGUAGUAGUUCUAGUUUAUCAUCAGCCUCAAGACCAACCUCACAACCUAGAUUCAUACAGCACAAAAAAGAGGCAUUUUGGUUCUAUAGGUUUCUCUCAAUUGUGUAUGACCAUGUUAUAAACCCUGGUCAUUGGACCGAAGACAUGAGAGAUGAUGCUCUUGAACCAGCUGAUCUCAAUCACAGGGAUAUGAUUGUUGUUGAUGUUGGUGGUGGAACUGGUUUCACCACAUUGGGUAUUGUCAAGAGUGUGGAUGCUAAGAAUGUCACUAUUCUUGAUCAGUCACCUCAUCAGCUUGCUAAAGCUAAGCAAAAGGAACCACUCAAAGAUUGCAAAAUUGUUGAAGGGGAUGCUGAAGAUCUCCCCUUUAGGACUGAUUAUGCCGAUCGAUAUGUAUCCGCAGGAAGUAUUGAAUACUGGCCAGAUCCGCAGCGUGGCAUCAAGGAAGCAUACAGGGUUUUGAAACUUGGAGGCAAAGCGUGUUUAAUUGGUCCUGUCCACCCAACAUUUUGGUUGUCUCGUUUCUUUGCGGAUGUUUGGAUGCUUUUCCCUACAGAAGAAGAGUAUAUUGAGUGGUUUCAGAAGGCUGGGUUUAAGGAUGUCCAAUUAAAAAGGAUUGGCCCAAAAUGGUAUCGUGGAGUUCGCCGUCAUGGCUUGAUUAUGGGCUGCUCGGUGACUGGUGUUAAGCCUGCAUCCGGGGAUUCUCCUUUGCAGCUUGGUCCAAAGGAAGAAGAUGUUGAAAAGCCGAUAAAGCCUUGGGUCUUCUUACUGCGCUUUGCUUUGGGUACCCUGGCAGCUGCAUGGUUUGUAUUGAUUCCUAUUUAUAUGUGGCUCAAAGAUCAAAUUGUUCCCAAAGGCCAGCCAAUAUGAGAGAGAUUUGUAGUUAGUAAACGUUUUGAUAUUAUCAUUGUCUUUGUUCAAAGUUUUUUAUCAAGUGUAAGAUUAUUUACACAUGCAGCUGAGAAAUAUUUUAUUAAACCUCAUAAUCCUUAGUUUCUUUACCUAUUUGAGCUCUUUUUUUCUGCAUGCUUUUUACAGUCCAGGCCAUGCUAAUUUUAUUGGUGGUGGAAGUGUCUAAUAAAAUCUUUAUUUUACAA